AUGGAAAAACUAUUCAGAAACCGAGAGUUGAAUGUUAGCGUGAGAACUGUGAGGUGUGGUGACGAGGUGUUGUUUUAUGCAAAAGAUGUGGCAGAAUCUCUAGGGUACGCAAACCCUCAAAAAGCUGUCAGAGACCACGUUUGGAAGUUAAAUAAGGUAGUUGUGAGGGACCUUCAAAGGGUACCCAAAACGUUCACCUUGGAUAUAUGAACCAGGAAUAUACCAACUAGUAUUCAAUUCUAAACUUCCAAUAGCGGAGGCCUUUCAAGAUUGGGUAUUUAAGGAAGUCCUUCCAUCUAUCCGCAAAACAGGCUCGUAUGAAUUACCAGACAGAAGGUCACUUAGAUAUAACCAAAUGAUCCUUAUAAAUGAGACGGACCUUCAUAAUGCCAUUGUAAGUUACAUUAGAGAUAACUACCCAGAGGCUGUAAUAUUACCUGGUCUAGGUGAGUAUCAAGACACUAUGUCAAAAAGAUGUGAUGCCUGGAAGAAGGGAUAUAAAGGUGGUCAACCAGAUCUUAUCAUAGAGAAUCCUAUGGGAAAGUACAAAGGAUUUGCUAUUGAAUUUAAGUCUCCUAAGGGCACCGGAGUUAUAAGUGAGAAUCAGGAUAUAUGGUUCAGGAAACUAAGGGGAAUAGGGUACAUGACAAUGGUAUCAGAUGAUCUGGUAAAGACUUGCAUUAGAAUCAACGAGUAUUUUGGCAUAGCCGAUACUGACGUAGUCGGUACUUCCUCACUUAAGAAAACCAUAAGGAAAGCUGCAGUGAAAAAAGUAGUUUGUGACGUUAAGACGUACAAACCAAGGUUCAAUUCAGGUAAGUACUAA